GUAGUAUUUCAAACCCCAACAAACAGGCAAUUCCAGGCAGAGCUAGGGGGGCGAGAUGGCGGCAGCCGAGCGUGGGAGCAGGGAGGAGAGGUGGAGCCUGGCCGGCGCCACGGCGCUCGUCACCGGCGGGAGCAAAGGGAUCGGGGGGGCCAUCGUGGAGGAGCUCGCCGGGUUCGGGGCCAGGGUGCACACCUGCUCCCGGAACGCCGCGGAGCUGGAGUGCUGCCUGCGGUGGGAGGAGAAGGGCAUGCGCGUCACCGUCUCCGUUUGUCACGUCUCCGUGCCCGCCGACAGGGAGAAGCUCAUGGAUACGGUCCGGCAAACCUUCGACGGCAAGCUUAGCAUACUAGUGAACAAUGCAGGGCAACAUUUGGUGAAGCCCACCGUUGAGUGCACGAUGGAGGAGUACAAGAAUGUGAUGGCCACCAACCUGGAGUCCAGCUUCCAUCUCUGCCAACUCGCUCACCCUCUUCUCGCGCGGGCCGUAGGAGGCAACAUCAUCAACAUCUCUUCCAUUGCAAGCUCCAUCGGCUUCGCAGGCUCCACAAUCUAUACCAUCACAAAAGGUGCACUGAACCAACUGACGUGGAGUUUGGCCACCGAGUGGGCCCCUCACAACAUCCGUGUGAACAGUGUCGCCCCAGGAUUCAUCGCAACUGAUAUGGUUGAAAAAAUAAAUAAGGAGUACAUGGAGCGGGAGCACGCGAAGACCCCGUUGCGACGGUGUGGCAAGCCAGCAGAGGUUGCCUCGACGGUGGCAUUUCUCUGCAUGCCGGCGGCUUCCUUCAUCACCGGGCAGGUCAUCUAUGUUGACGGUGGUCGAACCAUUAGUGCUUAAAUUGGCCACCAUCACCACCACUGCAUAAGCUCUAAUUAGUCACUCGACAGAGAAGUACGAGUGUUGCGAGUGACAAUUUUCUUAGUAAAAUAAAUUAUGCCAACAUGGAGUAAUCACUGGCAUCAUCUAUGGUACGUAGUACAUGUAUGUGUGUAUGUGCGUGCAUACCUGUGCUACACAGUUUUUGUAUGCCUUUUGUACUGGACAUAUUUAUAUGGUCAUUCUUGUGUUAGUAAUGGAGAUGAAUAUUGGGGUACUGCUUUUCUAUUGAUGCUGAAAAGUAUACUUAACUACUAUAUAAGAUUUUUGUCAAGACGAGAUGCGAA